AUGGCACUUGACCGCGCCGACAAGGAGAAUUUGCCGCCGGCGGCCGCCGUCGCCCGUCCUCAUGGCGUGGCUGUCAGGAGCUGCAAGCUGAAGCGGCUCGGGAGGUCGCGGAGGCGGGUGCCGCUCAGGGACAUCACCAACCUCUUCGCCGUGGAGUCAACGGUUGCCCAGUGGCAGCAGGCCCUGCUCCAGCGGCCGCAGCCGCACGAGGGGUCGGCGACGGCGGAGCCGGCCGUGAAGAACGGGCUGGCCGGUGCUGUGCUGAAGGCCGGCAGAUACUCUCUCCGGAAGGAGUUUAGAUAG